GCGUAUGUGAGCGUGUGUUUUCUAACCAGCUGAAAUGGCGGCCCGGAGCGUCGAAUCCUACUAACUUUAUCGCUCAAUAACAAACGUAACAAUAUACGAAGCUUUUAUCACAUAACAUGGAGAGAAACUUUACUAAGAGGCUUCAGACACUUUAGUUGAUUCGUAUUACUUUGACCGCUACGCCUGAACGGAGUUAAAACGCUGAGAUUAUGGAGGAUCCUCAUACACGGUACAGCAAGCGUCUGCGCACAGGUACACGUCGGCGCUAUCAGGAUGACGGAAUCUCAGAUGACGAAAUUGAAGGGAAACGAAUGUUUGACCUGGAUGAGAAGUUGGAGUGUAGGAGGUUUGGCUCAGAACUUAUCAAAUACAUGGAUGGAAAAGAUUUUACAUAUGAAUAUAUCCAGAGAGAAGGACUCAGGGACCCCAUAAUUUUUGAUAUAAGCGAUGGGCUUGGUCUUCAAAUGCCAGACCCUGACUUCAGUGUGAGUGAUGUCAAAUUGUUUGUUGGUAGUCGGCGCAUUGUGGACGUAAUGGACGUGAACACCCAAAAAGCAAUUGAAAUGUCGAUGGCUCAGUGGCGGCGCUACUAUGAGACACCACCAUCAGAAAGGGAAAAACUCUACAAUGUCAUCAGCCUGGAGUUCAGCCACACUAGGCUCGAGAAUCUGGUCAAACGGCCGUCAUCGGUGGACCUCAUUGACUGGGUGGACAACAUGUGGCCCAGACACCUCAAAGAGAGACAAAGAGACUCCACUAAUGCCAUCAUCGACAUGCAUUAUCCUAAAGUACAGAAGUACUGUCUUAUGAGUGUGCAGGGGUGCUUCACAGAUUUCCACAUUGACUUUGGUGGCACCUCGGUCUGGUACCACAUUCUUCGAGGAGGAAAGGUAUUUUGGCUGAUUCCACCUACUCCUCAGAACCUGGAGAUGUAUGAAAACUGGGUAUUAUCAGGAAAACAGGGAGACAUCUUCUUGGGGGACAAGUGUCUUGACUGUCAGAGGAUAGAGCUCAAGCAGGGCAACACCUUCAUAAUCCCAUCAGGGUGGAUCCAUGCAGUUUACACCCCAGAGGACACUUUGGUGUUUGGGGGAAAUUUCCUACAUAGCUUUAACAUCCCCAUGCAGCUCAACAUCUAUAACAUUGAGGACCGCACACGGGUGCCAGCAAAGUUCCGCUACCCAUUUUACUAUGAGAUGUGCUGGUAUGUCCUGGAGAGGUACCUCUACUGUCUGACCAAUGUCUCCCACCUCACACCAGAGUUCCAAAAGUAUUCACUUGGUAUUGGACUAACGUCUACUGAUGUUGAAGACAAUGAUCCCUCCAGGAAUGGCACAUCCAAUGGGAUUGACAGUGAUGCUGAAAAUGAGAUCAAGGCCAAGGAAGAAGAGCUCAAAGAAGAACAGACAGCUCGAGUUAUCGCACCUCAGCAUGUGCUGACCCCCUUUGAGCUGGAGGGUCUAUGGAACCUUUUAGGAAAGUUGGAGGAGCUGCCAGCCCACAAAAAGUGUGUCCCUACAGGGAUUAGGAAUGCUUCAGCUCUACUAGAGGACAUGAGGACUGUUCUGAAGGAGUGUAACAAUGACGACCACAAGCUAUCCUACACUGGAGAGGCAAUUGUUAAAUGGCCUGAAAGGCCAUCAUGGUACCAGCCCCCUAUUGCCCCUCCACCAAUUCUUUACCGCCCUCGGUUGGGCCCCUCCCUCCACAAGCAUCAGAGAUCUACCAAACGUUCUUCCAUUUCUGCCCUAAGGCGUAGACGGGUUAGAUGCAAGCGCUGUGCCGCAUGUCGCAGGAAAGAGUGUGGCACCUGCCAGUAUUGCCAUGACAUGAGGAAAUUUGGUGGUCCUGGACGUAUGAAGAAAAGCUGCGUCAUGAGACAGUGUCUUGCGCCUGCUUUGCCAAACACAGCAAGAUGUGCCAUAUGUGGAGAGGGAGAGUUUGAUGAAUCAAAUCCAAGCACCCACUCCCUCAUGGAAUGUACUGUCUGUUCACAGAUUGUGCAUCAUCAAUGCGUUAAGGAACCUGGUGAGGGAAAGAUCAAUAAAGAUUUGCCUAGCUGCUGGGAAUGUCCUAAAUGUUACCAAGGCAAAGGCUCAGCAUCAGAGUCUUCUAGCGAUGAGGAAAGUGAAGAGUCAGAGGGCUCAACUUCCAUGUCACAGCCCAAGCAUGCAUACCAAGAAGGUGAAGGAGCAAGACGAGGGAGACGCAGCCGGCCUCCGGGGCGACCAACAGCACCACCUCCCUCACAGAAGCUGCUACUGCAGCAUCAGCAAAAUCGCAAAAGAGCAAGUGCACUCGAGCUCAGACUUAAGAAAAGGAUAAAACUUGAGCGGAGCAAACUCUUGACAAAACAGUCUUCUCUAGAUCGCUCUUCCAGGGUGCUUACCCGUCUGCGCUCACCAGCAAGCAGACUACUUCAGGGCCGAGGCCGGGGCUCCACAUGGGCAAGCAGCUCACCAUGCAACAGUAUUCCAGGAGGGACUGGGUCCUUCGAGCAGCAGCAGUGUUCCCCUGGUCUGGUACUUGAGCCCAAAGGGGAGCCCCGCAGAGGAAGAGGAAGAGGUGUGAGGCUGCGAGGAGGAGGAGCAGGACGAGGCAUCAGAGGUGGAAGAACCCGUGCAGAGUUGGAGGACGAGAGCGAGGACACCAGCACCGGCACCAGCACCAACAGCAGUAGCAGUGAUGAUGAAGAAGAGAGCGAUCUGAACAGUGGGAGGGGUGGAGAUAAAGAAAACCAGCCACAGUCAAGGCAAGGAGGGCAGGCAGCUAAAGAACGAGAUGAAGAUGGGAGUGAUGUGGGUAAUCAAAAUGGCGGGGACGAGGACGAUGAUGAUGAUGAGGAGAUGGAGCAAGACAUUUCGAAGAGGGAUAAAGAUGGCUCAUAUCUUAAAGUGACUCUCCAAAGGCCAACUAGAGCUAAACAAGACCCAUCAGCCAUUGUCCCCAAAUUAGAGGCUAUUGCCCCUCAAACUGCCACUAACUCAGUACAUACUCAGGGCAGAACUCUGAUCAGACCCCCAAUUAGGAAUUGUGGCCCUUGUCCUGAUCAACACGCAAACAGGCACACACCACCACACAUUGGGAGUGAACACACAGACUCUCACACUUCCCACCCAGAGAGACUGGACUCAAAAAGGACGAAACUUAGCAGACCAGCCAAACUGAGCAAUGGUGCUUCCUCUUCUUCAUCUGAACUUCACCAUCUCCGCGUACCUCUCUCCUCCCUACAGGAAGGAGGUGGUGAGGCAGAUAAGGAGAGCAUUGCAAGCAGCCCAAGCUGUGAGAGGGAGGUGUGGGUGUCUGUCUUUCGCUAUUUAAGUCGAGCAGAUCUUUGUGUCUGCAUGGCUGUCUGCAAGAACUGGUACAAAUGGUGUUUAGACAAGCGGCUUUGGGCUCGGAUUGACCUGAGCAUCAAGCGCACAGUUACUCCUCAGGCCCUCACAGGCAUCAUAAAGAGACAGCCUGUCACACUCGACCUCUCCUGGACCAAUAUCUCAAAAAAACAGCUCAACUGGCUCGUUGGCCGACUACCUGGGUUGAAGGAUCUGAUGCUGGCAGGUUGUUCCUGGUCAUCUAUUUCAGCUCUCUGCUCCUCUGGUUGCCCCCUCCUCCGCUCUCUGGACCUUCGGUAUGCAGACGGUGUGAAAGACUCGCAGAUCAGGGAUCUAGUCACACCUCCAGGCUGUGACAAUCGCAGCCAGUUGCGUAGCAUGCAGUGUUUGCGGCUCUCAGGCCUGGACAUCAGUGACUCGACUCUUCGUUUAGUGAUUCGCCACAUGCCCCAUUUAACAAAACUGGAUCUCUCCCACUGCAAUGGCCUCACUGACCACUCCAUCAACCUGCUGACUGCAGUAGGCUCAUCCACCCGAAACACAUUGACAGAGCUCAACCUGGGAGGCUGCAGUAAACUGACAGAUGCGUGUUUGAAGUAUCUCCGCCGGCUUUCGUGUAUCUCACUGCUCGACCUGCGAGGCUGCAAAGGUGUUUCCAGAAAGGCCUGUGAGGCCUUCAUCUCUGAAUUAUCAGUCAAUACACUCUACUGCCUAUCAGAUGAAAAACUGAUCCAGCGGAUAUCAUAGUUACCUGCCCUCUUGCACUGCAAAGGUUAUUUAAGAUGGAAAAGCAGAGGCUGGGGAUCUGAAUGUGAAUCUUUGUGACCCAGAGGGGCUGGGAACCUCGCAGGAGAUGUGGGGUCUAAAAUGGAGGGCCUGCACACAUUAUGUUGAGAAAGGGGGUUGUUACUUUUUCUUCCCACCUGCUAAGAGACUCAGGAGCUUUUUGGCUGUUGUUUUUUUGAGAAUUCCUGUUGUGUAGAAAAAGCACGUUGUUUUCUAUUGACAGAUGUGGGAGAACAGUUAACUAGCUGUGAUAAAAUACACAUCCUGUGGAUAACCACCUCCAUAAAUACUCUGGACAGAUGCCAGUCUUUACUCCCAUCAAAAGCUACUUUUGUGAGAGCAAAUAACUUUGAGUUUCAUCUUUUGGACACAAAUAAGUGUUAUAAUUGUUCCAUUUGGCUUAUCCACCAUAAGUUCUUCUUUGUCAUGUGAAAUAUUUGACCUAUUUGAUUUUAUGCUACAUUUGGGUUCUUCAAGUGAAUGGGCUUUUUUUGUUGUUGUUGGUAGAGAAAAACAGUUUGAUGACUUAUGCUUUAUGCACAACCGCACUGCAUUGAGAUUUCUUUUUUUUAAAAUAUGGCUAAAGGUGAAAAGACUUUCACAUCAGACUACUGUCAGGCUUGUGUUUACCAGUUGUGCAUUCAGCUUUAUAACUCAUUAAAUGCAAUAGUAGUCCAGAUGUGUAAAUGUAAGUGCAUAAGAAGGUACAAAGACAGCGUGAGUAGGCAAUCAACAGCAGCAAGACCUCACCCCAACAAAAGGGCAUGUUGCAUUAAGUGUGGGGGCGGGGGAAAGCCAAGGAUAAGGUGUCAGAUAAAUGGUGCGUUUUCAAACAGUUCAACUUCAGGUGCUAUAAUUUCCAAACUCUUAUUGCUUUGUUUUGUACAGAACAUUUAGAGAAAAAAUAUUCUAGAUUAAACUACUCCCUACCCUUGUUUAAUACACCUUUUCUUUUUUUAUGGAUGAAAAAUGUGAUUAUCUACUUUCACUUGUUAAAAUUCAGUGUAGAGACGUAAGAUUUUUGUUUGGGGCUUUGCUAAUUUCUUUAUUCCUUUCAAGAGUCAUGGCCAUGUAUUAAAGGUCUCCUCCUUUACUACUGUCCUGGCCAUAUCCUUCUAAAUGAAUAUGUGUAUAAAUAUUUACUUUUUGUGUAAAUGUGUUUUUCCUCUUUUGGGUUAUUAAAAAAAAAAAACAAAAAAAAAAAAACGAAAAAUUCUGUAGCAUUGUAA